AUGAGUGAUCAAUCUUCACAGUUUGAAAAGGAUUUAGAAUUUAUUCAAUUACUUUGUAAUCCAGAUUAUAUUAGAUGGCUUUUUAACAAGAAUUACUUUGCAAAUAAAGCUUUUGUUGAAUAUUUAAACUAUUUAAAAUACUUUAAAGAUAAGAAAUAUAAACUGUUUCUUUUAUAUCCUCAAUCUAUUAAAAUAUUAGAUAUUUUAUGUGAAGAAAACAUUGAAGAGAAGUUGAUUAAAGAAGAAUUUUAUAAUGAAUUGAAAGAAACUCAAAUAUUGUUAUGGAGGAAUAGAAUGACUAAUUAA